AGAGUCUGUCUCUCAUUCUCUCUCUCUCCCCCCUUUGCUGCCCUGCUCAAGUUUUUGGCUCACCACCCCCUACCCUCACUCACUCACUCUCUCUCUCUCUCUCACAUACGAUUUACUCACUCUCCAACUCAAAGCUCAAUACAAUUACCCGCCAAAAAGGUCUGUGCGGUUUCCUGUCUCGAUACGGUGCCGUCCAUGCGGCUUUCCAGGUAGUUGUUCCUUUUCUUUUGUUUUUGUUGGAUGGAAUCAGCGGUUGAGUCGUUCGAGGCGAGAUCGGAGGUUGUCGGUGAGAAGAGGCCGGCGGAGGAGGAUGGGGAUGUGGUGAGGGAGGCCUCGCCGCAUAAGAGAUUUAGGGGAGGGAAGCGGAGUUUGGUUGGGGAUGUGAAGAAGGUGGCGGAGAUGGUCUUGGUUUUGGCUGCGAUGGGGAAAAUGAGGGGAGGAAAGGGCCCCACUGAUGCUGAGAAGGAAUUGAUGGCAGAGGCGCGGAACAGGUUGGCUAAGGUUUGCGAGGGUUUUGCACCCAAGGACGUCUUCCCCAGGGAUGCUUUUGGGGGUGUAAUUGAGGAUUUGGGCCUUAAUAAAUUGAAAGAGCAGAGGCUAGGGUUUCGGCCGCCCAAAAUGUCUAUCGCUGAGAAGUUGUUGGUUUCCAAAAGAAAGAUGGAAAAGGCAGAAGCUUUUUCUCUACCAUCUACACCACACUCAUCUCGUCUGCAGGCAAACUCUGGUGCAGCUGUUGAGAGUCACAGUGCAUCACAUCCUGUUCGAGUGUCUCAGCCAGAUAAAUCAAGUCACAUGUCAAUAUCUUCAGGGAGCUUCCAGUCUACUACACCUUUAGGCCAUAGUACUACAGCAAAUUCUACAUCUUUGUCAUAUCAGCUUCCUACAAGUGAGAUAAGACCAAUAGUUUCCAGUGCAUUGCCUUCUAGUCAUUCAAGUUCAGCGGCAUUGCCAAGAGUUAACAGGCCGCACCUUAGAUCAGAUGGAAGAGCUAAUGGUUCUUCACAACCUUCACAAAUCCAGGCCACUUACUCUGCUAACUCAACUGCGCGGGCUCCAACUUGGUCAGUGCAACCCCCUUCUGCCUUAUCAUCCAAAACUGGAUCAGAUAAUAAGGUCCCUGUGAAUAUGUCCUUUAAGCUUGAGGGAGCUGCUGGUGUCAAAUCUGGAUUGGCCCCUCAAACAGCAUCAAGGACACUUGAUUCUCAGACAACAGGACCCGCUUCACAAGGCACUAAUCGUGUUCAACUUUCACCUGUGGCAAAUACCCAUGCUGAAAUUGGUAAAAUUGUCCAGAAAUUAUUACAACCACGGGCGUCUGAGCGUCCUACUUGGAAUCCACCUUCUAGGGAGUAUAUGAAUAAGGCUCUGACCUGUCAAAUGUGCAUGUCUACAGUGACAGAGAUAGAUAGCAUACUCAUUUGUGAUGCUUGUGAAAAGGGGUAUCACUUGAAAUGCCUCCCAUCAACUAACCAAAAGGGAGUUCCAAGAGGGGAGUGGCAUUGUGGAAAGUGCUUGUCUUUAAGCAAUGGUAAACCUUUGCCUCCUAAAUACGGUCGUGUCAUGAGAAAUAUCAAUACCCCAAAAGUGUCUUCCAAUUUAGUAUCUGGCACGUCCACUUCAAGUAAAAUAAUUGGUGGUUCAGAUGAUAAGGUUGGCCAGCCGAAGGUAAUAGUUAAUGGGAACAUUACAUUGGAAAACACUCCUACUGGAGUUGCAGGCAAUAAUCAAAGCCAUGUCAAAUCUGGGUCAGAGAGAAAAGAGGUUAGAGGGAUGCAGGAGAAUGAUAAUGUCUCGAAUAGGGGUAAGAUGGAUGAUAAAGUAUCUUCUGGAACUUGCCCAAAUAAUUUGGUGAAAACCUCCAGUUCUGCUAGUGUUUCACCUCUAAACUCAUUGGUGGGGAAAACCACCGUUGAGGACGUGGCUGAACUAAAACCAAAUUCUUCAGUAGAGUUAUCGAUAGUUCCCAGUUCAACUGAUAAAUCCCAGGCAAUUGCCAAUGCUGUAGAGGCAAGUUCAUUAGGGCGAUCUCUGGAAAAUAACUUUCUGAUGAGGGAUCCAAAAGAAUCUCAGGGCGAUGAGUCUUCGAACAAUACAAAUCGGAAGGAGCAAGCAGUUGUACGUGAUAAUCCUUCUGGAGUUGCUGCAAGUGCUGCGGCUUUGAACCAGGAUAGGUCCUCGGCAGAUGGUUUACAUACUGUCAACUGGGUUGGUGACCCGGUUCAAGUUUUGGAUGAAAAAGUCUAUUACAUAUCUUGCUGCAUCAAUGGACAUCUGUACAAAACGUUGGAUCACGUUCUUAUUCGCUUGAAUGGCAGACUUGUACCUUCAAAGCUACAGGGUAUGUGGGAGGAUAGAAAUACUACAACAAAGUGGGUAACAGUGAAUCAGUGUUACUUUCCUGGUGAUUUGCCUGAGGCUGUUGGCCGCCCAUGUGGCCUGGAAGACAGUGAGGUCUAUGAGUCUACUCGUGGUAGAGCAUUGAUGGCUGGCUUAAUAGAAGGCCCUUGUCAAGUCCUUCCUCCAAGAAGAUUUGCUGAAGAAAGUGAAAGGAGAACUUCUUCAAGUAAACAACCGAAUGAUCAUUUGCCGCUUUAUCUGUGCAAAUGGAUUUAUGAUGAAGCAAAAGGGCUGUUCCGGGAUAUUUCCUGUUAAGCAUGCUGUAGGCAUAUUAGGUAGCUUGUUGAUGUGGCCGUUACCAGUGAAGCAGGAUGCUCAGAUUCAGUUUUGUGUAAAAUAUGUAGCUCUAGUUGUAGUCUGUAUCAUCUCAUUGAUAGGUGGAUUUAGAUGGAGCUCUUUCUGGACACACCUCUUAUGGUGCUCAUUCAAGAACUACAAUUACGUUACAUGAUUGUUAAUGUAAAUGAGAUUAGUAUUUUUCUUUGUU